UUCCAGGCUAUUUCAAUUGAAGUAAAACAUGAUGAUAAGCUUGAUGAACAAAAUUGAGUAUUAGUACAAACAGCCAUGUUAUACAAGUCAUGUAGUGGACAGAGACGUUUGCGUAUAUUAAAUCUAUCAUUACGUUCUAGUGGACAAAUGGGUGAAUUAUAUUGUAGUUGUGACUUAGAUACAAUAAUGAAUUUCUUUGGAAAACAAGUUACGUAUAAAAUAUUGGAAAGUUCUGGACGAUAAGUAAAGGAAACAAUUACUGAUAAAACUGCUCAAAUACUAGCUACUUAUAGAAAGCUUUGCGGUGCAUCACCAUCUUCAGCUGGUCAACUUAAAUUGCCUGGAUGCACGAAACUUAUGCCUCUAUAUGUUAAUUUUUUAAUUAAAUGUUAUUUAAU